AUGGCGGUUCGAUUUUACAAAGAACUGAACAACUUGAGUACGGCUGAUUUUAUAGCAUACAAAGCGACACCAAGAAGGGGGAAACUUUAUGAAAUUGAACGAGUCAUUGCAAAGAAGAUGCGUAAGGGAAAGGUAAGUUAUUUAAUAUGUUAACUGAGCAAUAGAUGAAGUUCAAAAGGAUCAAAAUAUGUUCAUGCUUUAAAAAUUCAUGUCUCUGAUUGUUUGAUAUAAAGACUGCAGUAGUGCAAAGUGUCGACAUGCUUGUACAAUAUCAUAUUGGUAAUUUUAGGCCGUAUAUCUGAUCAAGUGGGCAGGAUACCACUCCUUUUCUAGAGCCAGAAUGCAAUCUGAAUUUACUGGCCUUGAGGUGAGAUAUAUAAUUCAGUUAUUCUUCAGAUUAACUUGUGCAUUGUGGCAUACACACAUGUUGCAUGACAUCCUGACUAUGAAGAAGUGAUUGUUAUGGUCUAAAGCUGUCUAUGAUCAAAACUGGAGUGAAAUUUUGUUUGAUUAUACUUAAUUUUAUUCAACUUUAUUGUAGAGCAUACAUGGAUCCAAGUCCAUCCUCAGAAAUAGUUUCACGUUCAGUUGAUGCCCUACACAAUGCAAUCUUGGAUAACCUUGGUUCCAGGAGCACAUUGCCAACAGUGAUAAUCUUUCAGCAUGAUGUGUUUCGCUUUUUGUUUAAGAACAUGGGAACAGCAAGUGAGAACAAAAAUCACACACUUUUGGAAAAGGAAGAUUUUGUUAGAUGUGCCUUUCCGAAAGAUUGGGAUAUUUUAAUCGACAAGCUAGGUGAUGGGGUCAAAGUGGCAAUUCCCUAUUAA